GGCGAAACGAAAGACAAUUUUUAUUUCGUGUUUUCUGAAGAAGAGAAUAGUGGUUGUUGUUGUGUAUUUUCCUAUUUUCUCGCCUCCUAAUUGCUUUUUCGCGCCUUUCCCUGCUCAUUAAUUUGAAUAAUGUGUUGAUGUAUUAUGUAAUUAAUACAGAAGUAUUUGGACUAAUCGAUUGGCUCUUAAUUUUGUCAAGGAAAUUAAGAUUUCAUCAAGAAAUGCCCAUCUGUUUUUUACCAAUGGCGCCAUUUUAGCAUUUUUUGGAAAGUUGUUUACCAUAAAAUGCAAUAAAUUUGUGUUCAAUAAUUCAGGGAUAUUACUAUUACAAGGAAGAAAGCUAAAAGAUGGACUUCACACCAAAAAAUGACGAUUCAAGUCAAAUGUCCUCUUACGAUAUGUCCCCAAAGAUCUACGAAAGCACUCCUAAAACCGAGACUGAAUCAACGCCUCAUUCGCUUUAUAAUAAUCAUAAGAAGCGCAAGAUUCAAUACUGUGACAUAAAAGGUAGGAAACUAGAGGAUCUACUUGAACUAGGUUCUAAUUCACCGCAAGCUUCUAGCACCCUAAAUGAUAGUCUAACUAACAAGUUUGAAAAUAUUCAAAUUGAAAAGAACUGUUUUAAUAUCGAGAGCUGUGAAGAACGAUCUCAAAAAUAUUUCAAAACUAAUGGGUGUGAAAGGCUGGUAACUCCUCCUUCUACACCAGAGUUUCAACGCUUUGAGCACACUGCUAGGAACACUCCUCUAUUUCAAAGAUGCUCUACCUCAGCUUGCAGUGUCCCGUCACCUUUAAAAGAACAACAUGAUAUUCUGUAUCCUACUUUAAAGUCUUUGGAACCAAUGAAGAAACCUUUGACUCCUCAAAAGUUUAAGGAAAAAAUUGGUCAAAAUUCAACACCUUUGGCCACUAGGUUUAUUCCUCAAGAUAAUUUAUUGAAGAAAGUAUUGGGCAACAAUUUAAUUAUGGGAAAAGUGUUUGAAUAUUUAUCAAAUGGAGAUUUGUUCAGAGUUUGUAUGGUUUCAACGGAUUUCAAAAAUGCUGUCCAUACAAAUUACAAGGCCACGUUAAGGUGCGGAAAUUACAAACAAUUUCAUAGAACAAACAAGGAAAAUUACAAAAUUACUCCCCCAAGCAGUCCUGAAAGUAACAAUUUAUUCCCUGAAGGUUCUGUUAGUCCUAACAGUCAAAAAUUUGCGGAAUUUGCUGAAACUGCACAUAAUAUAUUUCCUACUCAGUCGUUGAUUAAGUGUCCAAAAUGUGAUAGGCCUUCUGUUGUAGAAAAUUCAAUUGCCCAGUGUACAGAGGGACAUUCUUGCGGAUACAUUUUUUGCCAAAAAUGUUUCAGUUUCUCUUAUAAUCCUGAAGAGUUUUAUGACAGAUGCCAAGAUUUGGCAUUGAGCAACUCCAUGCUCAAAAAACGCUCCAGAUUGGAAGAUUUAACCAACUGCUCAGCUGAUUUUAAUGUUAGUGCUAUUUUAAAUAGCACCGUAGAUAACCAUUUAUCUUCUGGAUAUUUUUCUGCUUCUGGCUACGAUACAUCACACACUCCACAAUCGGUGAAAAGGAAUUUGGUCAACUCACUUGGCGGAAAUGACAGCUUGCUACAAAAAGAAAGAAAAGCUCUGUUCAAUAGUAAUACAUCACUGAAUAUGAGUGCUAUUGUGAUGGCGAGGCGUGAAGAGAAACGAAGAUGUUCUUCAGGUAAUAUAAUGCCAAUUGUGAAGCUUGAGACUGUUAAGAAAAGAAUUGAGAUGAUAGAGCCUUCUUCACCACCAAAAGUGAAACCAUAUUCCGCCUGUUCAAAAGAAAGUAGAAGAAGUCUCAAAAGGUUGACCCGAUGAACAAAAUUCACAAUAUUCAACAAAAAUAUGUACAUUGUAAUGGGUUCAAAACUUCAUUUAUAUCAUUCCUUUUCCUAAAAAUGUCCAAAUACUUCUAAAGUCACACUAUUUUUAUACAAUAUUUGUUGUUUGUUCUCUCAAUGCGUCACAACUUGUUCUUGUCCAGUAAGGCACACCAUGUUUUAAUGGUUGUCAUUUUUUUUUAAAUUCAAUUAGAAAAAUAAUCAUUGUUUUUUUUUUAUGUACCAAUGGAACAACAUCUAUGUUCCUUAGGAAUUUUAAUUGUAAGUGUCUUCAAGACUUGUUCAGAUUCUGUUGAAGUUCCUCAAAGAAAUAAUAUGGUUAGCUAUCGGCUACUUUAGCUUUGCCUUUGUUUUGUCAUAUAGGUAUUUGGCUAAGGGUGAUGUUAAUUGUCUUACUUUCUCACUUAUCGGUAAUGGUUUUGAAUAUUUAUCAGACUAGGGCGCCUUCUUUUUGUUUUAUAUUGUACCAUAAUACAUGAACAAAGCUAGAGUCGUCGACUAAAAGACAAUGCCAAUGGUAUUUUAAGCAAUCACAUUUCGUUUUACCUAAUAAAAGACAAUAAGUAUUGGCUCAGUUUGACAUAAUUGUCGAAUUAAGUCUUAAGUUACCUCAGUAGCUGAAUAGAUCUGAGUGAGAGUUUGUUGUAAAUUAAUGUUAAGUAUUUUUUUUUUGUUUCGUUUUUUUAAUCAAAAAACCUUCUAGUUGAAUGCAUGUUAUCAGCUUAUGUGUAUAUUUAGUAUUUUUCUAUUAUUCUGUAAUAUUACAUUCCUUAAUAAAGUUUUUAUAAAAUAUUAGCUGUUUUAUUGAUGUACAGGGUGUCUCAUUUUGGUCGUACAUAAGGGAUAACUUGGUUGCUAUUGGAGUUAGAAGGAUGCGGUUUUCAAGAACGUUGGCUACAACGUGUUUUAGGACACCCCUUGCAUUUUGGUUCUCUCAUAAGUAAUGGAAACGGUGAGUGGUGACAAUGGGUUUUUAUAGAUCUAUCCACAUAGAUUCCAG